UAUUGUGAUUGUUUUCAGAAUAAUUAGAAAUGCAAGGAAAAUUUUAAUGUCUUAAUUGUUCAAAUUAAUUGGAAAAAGUAUAGUAGGGAGAUUAAAGAGUAAUGAUGAAUUCUAUCUCAUAAUUUGAUGAAAUUAGUAGAUUGCAAAAAUCACCUAUAGUUUAAAAUAAAUAAAGACUUUUUAGAAGAAAUGAUAGUAUCAAUUAUUCAAGUUCUUUUGUUUAUUUCUAGAAGUAUUUAGAAUAAUAAUCAUUAUAUAAAUAGGAUUGCUUGUAAAAAAUGAAGGACCAUAUUUUUUAAAGUAAGACUCAUUAGAAUUUAAUUGU